AUGCCGCGGCCGAUACUCAAGAUGCGGUCUUCGUACGCAAGCCCCGUGCGAUCCUCGGACAGUGCAUCGAAAAGAGAGAAGAGGUCUAUAACCAUUAGGCGACUUAAUGCUGCUAGUCGACGCGUGACGUUCUCGCCCUUCACCAAGUUACGUGGAGACUCAAGAGGAGGAGGCAAAGGGCUCGUUGAAGUCGGGAUUCACGUUCUCCAGCGCUACGGAAGCCGAGAAAAAUCUAGGCGAAAGCAGGAGCUGGAGACCAUGCAGACACUAUAUAGAGCAGCAAAGCGCAGGCCUCACAGCGUCAAGUCGCUGCUGCUGACAAAUGUUCCUGGGCUCAAACGUCUUAACACGUGGAUGAGUGACUGGGUGGACUAUGCCAAGACAAUGCGCGAUGCAUUGCCGUGGCAUCAACGUGCAAGUCCCAAGCGUCGACCAAGAAGACCGCAUCGAGAUCCGUGGACGGCAUUGAACGACGCAGACCAUGAGUAUGUCCAGCAACUUGCCCUUAGCUCGACGAUGUCAAGCCCCACGUUGCUGCUGCCUGCAUCUCCCCCAUCUAGAGACGAUAACCCUUUGGCUAUUGUUCAUCGAUCGCCACAACCGGAUCUCACUCCACCUAACCGAGGUAGUUUUACGAACUUGCUUCGCAAAGAAGGCGUCCCAGUCGAGGAAGAUGAGCGUCGUGUGAGCAGAGCUAUUGAUGAAGAUCUCCGUGGUGUGAGCCAUCACAUGAAGCGCCGUCGUUGCCAAAGGUGA